GCCGUGCACUGUGCAGUGCAGCCAGUGCAGCGUGCACUGUGCAGAGAAGCUGAGCAAAGAGAUGUCCAUUUCGCUCUGACUGUCAUCGUGGAUGCACGUGCGAGUCACCCGGCGAUACAGGACGGAUUAGUCUUAGCGAGAUAUUUGGAUAUUCGUAAAAAGGGAGAGAACCGCGCGAGAGAUGAGCAUUGCGUGUCAACAUCAGCCUCCGACGGAGACCGAGGUAGUGAAGACGUUGAAGAAACGCCGUGCUGACGAUGAUCACAUGGAGGUGGGAAUGGUUGAUGAAACAAAAGGAAUAGUAAAGCAGCCGGCCAACAAGAUUGCUAGAGUACAUGAUGGAGAACAAAGGAAGAUACCGGUGCCAGCGCAUAGGUACUCACCUUUGAAGGAGAAUUGGAUCAAGAUAUUUACACCCAUCACCGAACAUCUGAAACUACAGAUCCGCUUCAAUUUAAAAACCAGGAAUGUAGAAAUAAGAACAUCACCAGAGACUUCGGACAUGUCGUAUCUGCAAAAAGCAGCAGAUUUUGUCAAAGCAUUCAUCUGUGGAUUUGAGGUGGAGGAUGCUUUGGCGCUGCUGCGCCUGGACGACUUGUUCGUCGAGUCCUUUGAGAUACAGGACGUCAAACAGCGGAUAAAAGGGGAUCACCAGUCUCGGGCGAUCGGCAGACUGGCGGGCAAGGGCGGAAGAACUAAAUUCACCAUCGAAAACGUAACGAAAACGAGAAUUGUAUUAGCGGAAACAAAAAUACACAUUCUCGGUUCCUUUCAAAAUAUUCAACUGGCUCGCAGAGCAAUAUGUAACUUGAUAUUAGGCAGCCCACCCUCAAAAGUUUAUGGGCAGUUAAGGAACAUGGCUACCAAGGUGUCGGAUCAAUUCUAGUAGUCAUGUUCCAUUUGUUUAUAUGUAUGUUCCAUUUGUUUAUAAUGUAUAUAUACGUACUUGUAUAAAUAUGUAUCCUCGUGUACAAUUAAGAAAUUAUUUUAUAUACUUGCUAUUAUAACACAUAUGCACAUAUAUACAGUGUUGUACUUAAUAUUGUACGUGACAUAUCGCAUAGGUACAACAUUAAAUAUACAAGAAACAAUUUUA